GCCCCCCUCUCACUCACUCCCCAACCUCCCCGCGCUCCGUUGACAAGAAGCCACAACCAUGGCCUACGUCACGCUCACCAACAUCACCGUGCUGGACAACCCCACGGCCUUCACGAACCCCUUCCAGUUCGAGGUCACGUUCGAGUGCGCGCAGCCCCUCGAGGCCGACCUGGAGUGGAAGAUCACGUACGUGGGCAGCGCCGAGGACGAGAGCCGCGACCAGGUGCUGGAGGAGGUGCUGGUGGGCCCCGUGCCCGUGGGCACCAACAAGUUUGUGUUCCAGUCGGACCCGCCCAACCCGGACAUGAUCCCGGACGAGGACAAGGUGGGCGUCACUGUAGCGCUCGUCACCUGCUCGUACCGCGGCCGCGAGUUCGUGCGCGUGGGCUACUACGUCAACAACGACUACGCCGACCCGUUCCUGCUGGAGAACCCGCCCGCCCGCGUGGACGUGAGCAAGCUGCAGCGCAACAUCCUGGCGGACAAGCCGCGUGUCACGCGCUUCCCCAUUGACUGGUCGCCGGCGGGCGCGCAGGACCCCAACGCCAUGGAGGACGGCAACAACCAGGCGGCUAAUGGCACGGGCUUUGGUGCCGCGCAGCCUGGCGCUCCUGGUGCCCCCGGCGCUGGCAACGACCUCGACAUGGACUUUGUGGACGACGAGGAGCUCGUCAAGGCCGCUGCUCAGCUCGACCACAACUACACGGACAUUGUCAUUGACGGUAACGCUGCCGAGGGCAUGGAAGAGGACAUCGACCUUGAAGAAGAGGACGACGAGGAUGACGAGGCUGACUCUGUCGAAGAAGCCGAAGAGGAAGACGCUGAUGGCGACAUGGAAAUGGAGGACAUCGAGCAGUAGGGGGCGCCAGUAAUUUGGUGUGCUGGUUUAAAGUCGUCCGGCACACCGAGGCAGCAAGACGAAAGCAAGCAGGAGGAAGAUACUGUAUUUAUAGAGAAAAAAGCGAGAUUGAAGAGCGAAGGAAGGGGUGAAAGCAAGCGCAACGGCUGGCU